GAGAGAGAGAGAGAGAGAGAGAGAGAGAAAGAGACGUUCCGCUGAUCUUCCUCUGUCUCCGGCCAUUUUUAACUGAUCAUGAAGAAACUGUAUUAAAGUGAGCGGCUGUAACUGUUCACUCCUCCGCUUCCAGUCACUCAGCAGGGUUUCUGUGACUCUGCUUUCGGGAGUCCGCUGUUCCACCGAUCACCAACUCUCUGCAUGCUUUAUCUUCAUUUUUACUUUAAAACCAACGCUUUUUAUUAUUUUUAUUCUGAAUUAUUGUUUAUAAAUAGAAAAGACACACGGCGGAAAGAUGGGGUGCACAGCGAGCACUGGUGAUAAAGCGGCUCAUGACAGAAGUAGGAUGAUCGACAAGAACUUACGGGACGAAGGAGAGAAAGCUGCACGAGAAGUCAAGCUGCUUCUUCUCGGUGCCGGUGAGUCCGGGAAGAGUACAAUUGUCAAACAAAUGAAAAUCAUCCACCAGUCUGGUUACUCAGAAGAGGAGUGCCAUCAGUUGAGGGCUGUGGUGUACAGCAACACUACUCAGUCAUUGAUGAUCAUCAUUAGGGCGAUGGAGCGGCUGGAUAUCGACUUUGCUGAUGCAGCUCGUGCUGACGAUGCAAGGCAGCUGUUUGCACUGGCAAGCACAGCUGAUGAGGGCGACAUGAGCGCAGAACUUGCUGGCAUCCUCAAGCGCCUGUGGGCAGAUGGAGGUGUACAAGUAUGCUUCGGUCGCUCUAGGGAGUACCACCUCAAUGAUUCUGCCUCAUACUACCUGAAUGAUCUUGACAGAAUAUCAGUCCCUAGUUACGUCCCCACUCAACAGGAUGUCCUCAGGACCCGAGUGAAGACCACUGGUAUUGUUGAGACCCACUUCACCUUUAAGGAUCUUCACUUCAAGAUGUUUGAUGUGGGUGGCCAGAGAUCUGAGAGAAAGAAGUGGAUUCACUGCUUUGAAGGGGUAACCGCCAUCAUUUUCUGCGCAUCUAUGAGCGACUAUGACCUGGUUCUGGCUGAGGAUGAGGAAAUGAACCGCAUGCACGAGAGCAUGAAGCUGUUUGACAGCAUCUGCAACAAUAAGUGGUUCGAGGAGACAUCCAUUAUUCUCUUCCUCAAUAAGAAAGAUCUGUUUGAGGAGAAAAUCAAAAAAAGCCCUUUGACCAUCUGCUUUCCAGGCUACUCUGGCGCGAACACAUACGAUGAAGCGGCCGCCUAUAUCCAGAGUCAGUUCGAGGACCUGAACCUGAAGAAGGAAACGAAGGAAAUCUAUACCCACUUCACUUGUGCGACCGAUACUAAGAACGUGCAGUUUGUCUUUGAUGCCGUCACUGAUGUCAUCAUCAAGAACAACCUGAAGGACUGUGGGCUUUUCUAGAUACAGCUUUUACAUCAGUGAGUAAAAAUGCGACGCAAAUGGAAAGACACUGGGAGAAGCACAGCUGCAGAGAGGCCAACCCUGAACAUCCGUUAUGUAAACAUUUUAUUUAUCUUCUCUAAACAUUUUUAUUGUUUCAGAAGAAAAAAAUCUUUAUGUAAAUUAUUUGUACAACUGUAAUUGUCGAAGGAACUGGUUAAAAAAAAAAAAACGUAAAAUUUAUGUUCGCUUUCUGAAGUUUUUUCACACCGAUGGUUUUUGGGAACGUCUUUUAUUCUCUUCAUUUCAUCAUAUAGGCUGCACACAUAAAUGUAAGCACAUCUAAUCUUGUUACAUUACGAAACUGGUGAACAUGUAAAACUCACCUGAGGAAUAAGAUUAGUAUAGAGAAAUUCUUCUGUGUGCAAAAAAUACUAGAUGAAUGGGAUUUCCCAAAACACAUGUGACCAAACAGGAAUUUGCACCCAUCGUGUCUGAUUAUUCUGUAGUUUGAUUACGCUGACGCGGCAAGUUACAGAGGAACUGAAGAGACCAUAAGAAAACGAGGAAUGGUUCCAUGAUGAACUGUGAUUACUUUGAAAGCAUAACAGCAUUGUGAAGAUGAAAACAUGAAGAUUUGGCUCACAGGGAGCCUUUCUUUAAAGGGACCAAAGCAUUUUGACAUUGGUUAAGAAUUUCUGUAGCAAAUAAAUACCCCAGACACUUCAUCCUAUCUAAGUGUGUUUUACACUAUUCAACUAACUGCCUGUUAUAUUUGCUAGACAUUUUGAGUGAAGAAUGUGAUAUAGUAAAUCUAGUGAUAUAGUAGACAUUUUCUUAUUUAAUUUUUUAGCUAUUUAUGACGAAUUUUAUUAGUUUUAUGCAUCUCAGUUUAUGCCCCCCACUGUCUUCUAUUGGUGGGGAAUAGCUGAACAAUAUCCACUAUUUUGCUAAUAAAAUAUGCUGUGAUAAACUCAUGGCAUUUUAAAAUA